AUGAAAGAUCAUUUACACCAUUUGAAAUUGGAAUUUGAUGUGCUUAGAAAGGAGCGAUUGUAUGCUAACUUGAAGAAGUGUACAUUUUGCAUGGAUAGAGUUAUCUUUUUGGGGUAUGUUGUGAGUGGAAAUGGUAUUGAAGUAGAUGAGAAAAGGAUUAAAGCUAUUAGAGAUUGGCCUACACCUAGGACAGUGAGUAAGGUUAGGAGCUUUCAAGGUUUGGCUAGUUUCUAUAAGAGGUUUGUGAGAGACUUCAGUAUCAUAGCUGCACCCCUUAAUGAAGUAGUCAGGAAAAAUGUGGGCUUUAAGUGGGGGGUAGAGCAAGAGCAUGCAUUUAAUUUAUUGAAAGAAAAGUUAUGUUCUGCCCCUUUACUUGCAUUGCCUAAUUUUUCUAAAACAUUUGAAGUUGAAUUUGAUGCCUCUGGAGUGGGUAUAGGUGCUGUUUUAAUGCAGGGAAGGAGACUUAUUGCAUACUUCAGUGAGAAGUUAGGUGGCACCUCUUUGAACUACUCCACCUAUGACAAAGAAAUGUAUCCAUUGGUGAGAGCAUUGGAGACUUGGCAACACUACUUGUGGCCGAAGGAGUUUGUGAUCCAUAGUGACCAUGAGUCACUCAAACAAGGUAAAGAAAAUGUUGUUGUGGAUGCCUUGUCUAGGAGGUACACACUUAUUUCCUUACUUGAUGCCAAAAUGUUAAGAUUUGAGCUUGUAAAAGAACUAUAUGCAAAUGAUAUUGAUUUCGCCAAAUUGUAUGCUAAAUGUAAGAAUGUUGCUUAA